CAAUGUUAAUACACGAUAAGUUUAUGUUGAUUAGACAUUUGUAUAAAAAUUACAGCUCGAAAAAUAACAAAUAAUCGGGAAUUCCAAGUAAUACAUAUAUUAAUAAAUUUCAAUAUUUCUCAAGAAAAAUAAUUUUUAGGAAUCAAAGAUUCUAUUUCAGACUUUAAUUAAAAUUUUAUAGUUUUAAAUAUAAUUUUAAUAUAUUUCGAAAAAUAUAUAUAAUUUUAAUACUGUUAAAUUAAAAUUAAUAAAUAUUAUAAAUAUAUUUAUUUAUUAAUGGGAUGGAUCUGCCAAGAUUACGCGAGAUCUUUUAUUAAAUUGCCCUUUUUUUUUCUUGUUUUUGAGAAGGAUUUAAAUUGCCAUAUUUGGAAUCAUAGUAAUUUAUGAAUAGAGAGAUAUUCCAUAAUAUCUAUCUAUAUAUUUUUAUGUACAUAAGAAGAAGAAAAAAAACCACUAAAGCAAAAGGCCAUGGCAAAUGAAGGACGACGCCGGAAGAUUUAGAUGAAGAAAAUAACCAAAAAACAAUCCCCAGAUGUAACCUUUGCAAAGCGGCGCCAAGGUCUUCUCAAUAAGGCUGGUGAGCUUUGUGUACUUUGCGGAGCUGAGGUGGCAGUCGUCGGCUUCUCCCCAGCCGGCAAACCAUUUGCCUUUGAUCACCCCUCCGUUGACAACGUAAUAGAUCGCUGUCUCUCUGACUCUAACAACAAUGGGAACGUAAACGCAGACCAAGUGGAGAAGAGCAGGAAGCAAUACAUGGAGGCACUUGUCAAGUUGGAGCAUCAGAGGAAACUGUUAGACAGGAUAAGGAAGGAUCGUGAGAAAGAAGCCGCCUCCGGAAGAGACACGUUCUGGUGGGAUGAUCCUGUAGAGAGGAUGGACUCGGAGGAGCUGGAGCAGUAUGUGGCCUCCUUGGAAGAACUUAAGAAGAAUGUGCUUGUUAGGGUUGAUGAGAUGGAGAAGGCAAACAAUUCUCCAUCCAGAUUCUUGCUUUUAGAGGAUGAUCAGUAGCAAGGAAAGGAACUUCUAUUAGCUCCAUUCCAUGCAUCUCUCGUUUGUCUGCUUGGAUUCCCAACUCUAAUAAAUAAUUACUUGCAUUCUUUCAGUUUCCUUGAGAAUUCAUUUCAAGUUAUGCUUACCUCCAUCAUGAACACAAACACCGUGAAUUUCGAAUUUCAUUUAUUUUACAAGUAAAUUUCCCCACACGUCUGUUUUAAGUCCAUGAUGGACGACUCUAUACAAGAAUUUCCCAUUUGGGAAUAAACUCUUCUAAUUUCCUUGGAAAUUUAUUUCAUGUUAUGGCUCUUUAGCCUAUUUGGGAAUACAGUUGCAACCUAUACCCUUUU